GCUGCUACUGUUGUUGUUGAUGUUGGUGCUGACUGCUGACCUGCGGAAAAGAAUGAUAAGGUGCAGGCAUGUCUUUUGAGGGUGUGAUUUUCGUCUCGAAUUAACUAUCAUCGCAGUGUUUCUACAAUCCUAUGUUCUUCUUUUUUCAGUGAUCCCGUGUGAAUGCUUCAACUACUAUGGUAUUCGUUCAAAAGUCUAGCAGAUAUGAGAUGCCCCCCGAUGCCAUUGUUUUAACACCAAGAGAGGCUGCAAAGUAUCAAUUUGAAAACUUUGAACGUUUGAAUAAAUCUGUUACGUGGCCUGUUUUGUAUGGUAGAAAAGUUAUAGCUAUUUCUGUACUCGUUCAAAGCUCUUACCUGUUAAUGAGAUUUAGAACAAGGCAUAGGCUUGGUAACUAUGGCCUCCUUUCAUCUUCGCUACCUUUUUGUGCUGCUCCCACCUUAAUGUCAGCCGCCUUUCAAGAAUCUUUUAUUACUGAGAAAGUGAUCCUUCAAAAUGAAUGCUCCGUCUGCUUACACACAAACUCAGUACUCGCACUUACCUUUUUCACACAUAUUGUAGGUGGUGCUGGUGGAGCGAUGGCAACUCUUUACUAUGCACAUAGCAAGGGUACGUACACACUACCACCUCGCUCAGGGUCAGGUUUGCUAAAAUUUGGCAAGGAUGUCUUUAAUUUGAACAGACGAUUUUCAAAUUAUCACUGGAUAUUUCUCGCUUUUAACAUUCUUCUUUCGGGUACAGUGAUCGCCUUGCAAGAGAGAGCAACAAGACAGGUCACUGAAAUUUUAGAACAAGAAGAUUAUGAUCGGGUAAAAGAAAGUUAUCUGAGGUCGAAGCAGAGGCGAUACAAUGUAUGAGAUCAUAAGUUUACAUUAACUGACUUGUAGCAUGCAGCUCUUGAUUGUCAUUUCAUGUUAAAAAUGUGAACUCUGUUGAACUAGUCCAGGUCUUCAUCGGAAAUUCUCUGUUCCAGCUGUAAUGAAUGUUCUUGGAAUACUUGGUUUGGUUUGGUUUGAAACGUAGGAUUGUUAAAAACCAGGCACAUUUUAUUGUUUUUGCAGUUUAGCUACGAUUCACUUCAGGAAAUCAAUUUAUUCUCAUCCUAUAUUAGGGUGAGAAAAGAAAUGAGAUCACCCUCUAACUCUGUGAUCUAGUGGUCUGCCUUCCCCCUGAAAUUUUAUGAGCCACCUUGGCUGAAAAGCCUACUUUUUAGGAGUCAUUUACAGUUUUCAGGAGCCAAAUUAACUUUUUCCACACACUAUGUUGUUUCGCUCUGUGUAUGUACCAUUCUCGAAUCUUUUCAUUCUCAGGCUCAGUUGUGCAGCAAGCGGUGCCCUAGGAGCCUAUUGCUGCUCUGCAAUUGCGAGUUUGAAGUGCUCAAAGAAGUCAGACCGCUGGUAUGAUCUUGUAAUGUAAAUGCAUUUGCGAUUUAAUGGGCCCUCUUCAGAAGAAAAUAUUUGCUCAUUAUUUUUAGCUCUCAUUUGUUUGAAAAAAAUCAGAGGGAGAUUUAUUAUUUGUAAGUAGCAACCAAUAAUGUUGGUGCCUUGAAUGGAAUAGUCAGUUAUUGAAGGUCUGCUGUAUCUUGUUUGGAGUCAAUUUUCAAUGAAGUCCAUUUAAAAUUGAAGGAGGCAAAAAUGCUUUCAACGGCUGGCAUAAGAUCCAUGAAAUUUUUUGAAACGGAUGGUCAACAGUUGACUGAAGCUUCAAUUUGUAUUUAUUUAGUUGGUAGAUAUUUUUGAAUAAACUUGUUUUACUUCUUUCGAUAACUUAA